AUGGGGUCGUUACCUACCAGCCCUCGGGGGCACAAGCACCUGCUGGUCAUUGUUAACAAAUUCACCAAAUUCAUUGAGCUCUUCCCUCUUCGUGCAGCAACAACAGAGCAGAUAGCCAGCCGUGUGGAAGAGUUCAUCUGCAGACAUGGGGUACCUAUUGCUAUUUCUAGCGAUAACGGGAAGCCCUUUGUUAGUAAAUUAUGGAAGAACCUGCUUAGGCGAUGGAGCAUCUCGGAGGUGCCUUACAGGCCAGCCGGACAGAUGGUCGAGCGGCACAAUGGCACCAUGAGGCAGUGCCUUUGUGCAUACUGCAAUGAGCACAAAAACUGGGACCAACUCAUUUCAGAGAUUGCUUUUGCAAUGCGAACUGCCGUAAGUGCUGCUACUGGAUACACUCCAGCCCUCCUCUGCUAUGGCCAUGAACUCCGAACACUCUGGCAACCCACCGAAGACAAGCAAGAUGCUGAGCCUGCUGUAUCAUCAUCUCACGCAUUCGCAGCAGAACUUCAGUCCCAUUUGGCAGAGGUCAUGGAUGCUGCAUUGCAGCAUCAGCAACAUGCUUGGCAUGCCCAGAAGCAGCACUACGACCAGCGACGCCUAGCCACGACAUUCGCGGAAGGCGACCUUGUCCUGCAGGAAACCCACAUACUCAGUGACGCUGCAAGAGGCAUCUCAUCGAAGCUGGCACCAAGGCGAAAUGGUCCAUUUAAGAUCUACAGACGUGUCGGUGCAAAUACUUUCAAGCUCGUCCACCCGCAGACUGGGAAAGCUUGUGGCGAGGCCCAUGCCGACCAACUCGUCGGAUACCAUCCUCCAUGGUCAGCGGGGAGCUUCAAGCUUCAAGGGGGGGACGGGCUGUGA